UCCAAAGUUUUUUUAAUUCUAUUUUAUGGAGCACUGUAAUAAAUAACACGCAAGUAACCUUUCCCAAAGUAUUUUUUGUUGCACAUUCCUCGUUACAAACAAUAAACCUACCUGAUUGCAGACAAGAACUUACUUGUUCAACUCAAAAAAAAAAAUAUAUAUUGUUCGUUGGAACAUUAUCUAAAGAAUUUUUUUUAUUUAACUAUACGAAACACCGUAAUAAAUAACCCAACCUUUCCUUUGUCAAAGUAUUUUUAUUGUCCAUUCCUAGUUACAUGCAAUAAACAGCAACGGUAGUUUAAAUGAUUAAUUAAAGACAAGAACAAACUUGUAUUAUAAAAAUGUGCGUAUAAAACGUUUCACUCAACCAUACAAGCCAUAAGUUUAUCCAGUGUCCAACUGUUAGUAUCUAACCCAGUGUUUUAAAAGUCUUUAAGGCAUAAGUUUAUUCAGUGUCAGACUGUUAGUAUCCAACCCAGUGUUUUAAAAGUCUACUUAUUAAACACUUACUAAGAUCGACCAGUGGUGUGAAACAACAUUUAUUCAUCAUGGAGAAUUCACCGAAUGAUGAAUAUACUUUAAAGCACUUCUAUUACCCACUCAAUAUAUCAGAUGAUCAAGAUAUGAGUGACAAUAACAAGACCGCAAUGAGAAGGAGCAACAGUAUAGAUGCUUUUUUUGAAAAGCAAAAGAAAAAGAAGAGACAGUCAAAGUCUUCAUGUGUAGCGCAAGCAAGUGACGGGGGCCUAUCAUAUAUCUCAUCCAACGACGAUGACAGUAUCAGUGCAACACAUCUAAUCAAAAUAGACAUCUAUGACAUGAAGAGAAUUAAAGAUGUUUCGCCUCUUGAAUACUGGAAAUAUGCAGAUUUGCGAUUAAAGUACUACGUUGAAUCUGCUGGUGAUAAGCACUAUCAAAGCAUGCGAGAUAUUAUAUACAACAUUACAAAGCAAAUCGCUGGGAAGCAUGACUGUAAAAAAUACUUUAUUGACAGAGAUAACCAGAAACAAUAAGUAUUCUCUGAACCAGCGGUCGGUAAACAUCACAAAGUAAAAAGACCCUCUAUAUAAACGUAGUUGUAUUUUAUUUUGUAUUUUGCUUUACAAUUUAUUUGAAAACA